GAGAAUGAAGGGCAUUUAUUCUACAUGGGCUUUUCAGGAUCUGGCUUUGUGUGUAAUAGCUGUAGUGUUUGGUUCCACACAGGGUUCAGUAAUGACAAGUAAUCAAGAUGUGAAAUUGGGUGGCAAUGUUACUUUGAGAUGUACUUUAAUACAACAUCUUGAUAUUUAUCAAGUUACAUGGCGUAAAAAAAGGAAUGGAAAUAAUGGAAAUAUUGCAACAUACAAGAAAGAUACAGGUCCAAGUGUUUUAAAAUACAAAGAUCGAAUCAAUUUCACAGUUUGGAGCCCCCAAGAUAGUUCUAUUAACGUGUCAAAUGUGAGCACUGAAGAUAAUGGUUGCUACGAGUGUGCAUUUUUUUUAUUUCCUGAAGGACCUAUCAUGGGACAACCCUGUCUUUCUGUUUAUGAUGAUCUCAAAACAUCUAUGCACUACAACAUCUUUGAUAAUCAUUUGAGUGCGAACUGUACAGCAACUGGUUUCCCAAGACCCAACAUUUCAUGGUUUCCACCAGAAGGUGAAAAGAAAGAAAAGGACAUUACAAAUCCAAAUGGCACAUUAUCUGUCAUAAGCAACAUUUUUGUAAGCAUCUCUAAUGUUGAACAAGAGCUGGUUUGCCAUGUUACUCACAGAGGAAAAGAAAUAAAGAUUAAAGUUCCAGGAACAGAAAGAGAACAUACAAAAAAGUCUUUUCCUGUGGUACCAGUUGUAUUGGCCUUGAUUCUUGUGAUCCUGGUUAUUGUUGUGGGGGUAUGCUACUGGAGGCGACAAAGGAAAAAACAUAUGGGAUUCUAAGGGAUUCAACCAACAUCAGUUUACUCCAUGGAAUCCAGAAAUAAUCCACCGUGCAUAUUAUGAAGGAAGCAACAGUUUAAAUGAAUAUCUGGUCCAAGUGCUGUCUUUCUACUUGCCUUGAAAGGAUGCUUACAUUUGUCUGUAGACAUAGCUCAGCCUUCCACAGUGCAGUGACCUCCAAAUGGAUUGGCUGUCAGCUCCCAUAAUCACCCAGCUAAAAGGGAAGAUUUCAAUAGUGGCAUGAAAAUUGUAGAGUGCAUCAUUUUCAGUAAAACUGUUCAGUGGGCUCUUAGGAUCAUCCCUAUUCCUAGAGAUGUGGAAGAAUUCCUAGAUCAUCAACCCAGGACAGAUGAUCAAAUUCAUCCCUGGUAGCCAAAGGAAAGUCUCUUUCUCUCCACCUUCCCCUCACCCCCCCCCCCAAUACAUAUAGAUUUACUACAGUUUAAUGGAGGAGAACUGCACAUUUAAAAAAUGCUUUAGAAAAUUGUUCUAUAUUAAGUUCUAUCACGGGAGGUAAAGCUUUUAACACUUUGCCACCAUGGGUAUUCCCAACCCAAAUUGGGAGCCCAUUGAUAAUAUACUGUACCUUGGCAAAAAAGAGUCCUUUGAAAUACAACCCAAACUAGAUUCAGAAAAGGAGCAAAGGUUUAAUUUCCUCUGCCCACAUGCAGUGGUCCAGCUCAGGCUUAAUUCUCACUUUAUCCUUGAGCAAGGAAAAUAAUGCAUUUAACUUAACACACAGUUUAAUAGUAUGUGUGUCUGUAGAACCUUUGCACUUAAUUUUAUGUGACAUUUUUAUGUUCUGAAAGAUUCUGCAUAUAUACAUUAUUUAUAAAUAAUU